ACAGAGGCAAAAAUCUGCUAACUCAGGGGGCAGACUCUACCAGGGCUGUGAGCAGGCCUGGGGAAUGACCCCGAUCUCCAAAAAGCGCCUUCAGGGCUACGUGGCUACCCCAGGCUGUCUCUGCCUCGGUUCCUCGCCCUUGCCCGGUUCCUUUGUAGCAUCACAUGGGCCCCGUGUCUCCUGCCAGGACUAUGCGGCUCUGGCUCUGGGGGCCUCGGAGCCUCGGCGUGGCUCUGGGAGUCUUCAUGACCAUCGGAUUCGCCCUCCAGCUCUGGGGGGGGCCCUUCCAAAGGAGGCUACCUGGAGUUGGGCUCCAACUUCGACAACCCUGGGCCCCAUCCCGGGGUCCAAGCGUUCCAUCUUGCACACCCCGGCAGCGGCUCGUGUUCCUAAAGACGCAUAAGUCUGGGAGCAGCUCUGUGCUGAACCUGCUUCAUCGCUACGGGGACCGGCAUGGGCUGCGCUUUGCUCUCCCCACCCGCUACCAGUUUGGCUACCCGAGGCUUUUCCAGGCCUCUCGCGUCAAAAACUACCACCCCCAGGACGGACGCGCCCAGCCCCACUUCCACAUCCUCUGUCACCACAUGAGGUUCAACCUGAAAGAGGUACUUCAGGUCAUGCCUUCUGACAGCUUCUUCUUUUCCAUUGUCCGAGACCCAGCAGCUCUGGCCCACUCUGCCUUCUCCUACUACAAAUCCACCUCAUCCGCUUUCCGCAAGGCCCCCUCUUUGGCUGCCUUUUUGGCCAAUCCUCGAGCCUUCUACUGGCCUGGGGCUCGUGGGGACCACUAUGCCCGCAACUUGCUGUGGUUUGACUUUGGCCUCCCCUUUCCCCCAGAUAUGAGGACCAAGAGAGGGAAUCUUCAUCCCCUCAGAGACCCCAACCCUCCACAGCUGCAUGUCGUACCUUCUGGUGCUGGCCCUCGAGCCCAAACCCUGGAUCCCAAUGCACUCUUCCAUCCUGCUCCCACUGUUGCCAAUGGUCGCCACCAGAUGUCCAGCCCUACCUCUUCAGAUUUGGAGUCUUCGUCCUUCAUCCAGUGGGGUCUGGCCUGGCUAGACUCUGUCUUUGACCUGGUUUUGGUGGCUGAGUACUUUGAUGAGUCAUUGGUCCUUCUGGCAGAUGCCCUGUGCUGGGGUCUUGAUGAUGUGGUAGGCUUUAUGCACAAUGCCCAGGCUGGAGGUGAGCAGGGUCUCAGUGCUGCCAGGGAAGGAAGAUGGACUGAUGAGGAGCAGCAGCUGGCUGCACAAGCCCGCACCUGGAACAACCUGGACUGGGCCCUCUAUGUUCAUUUCAACCGAAGUCUGUGGACACGGAUAGAGAAAUACGGCCAGAGCCGGCUGGAGAGUGCUGUGGCGGAGCUCCGGGCUCGGCGAGAGGCCCUGGCUAAACUUUGUCUGGUGGGAGGUGAGGCUCUUGACCCCAAGUACAUCACUGACCAGAGGUUCCGCCCCUUCCAGUUUGGGUCAGCUAAGGUUUUGGGCUAUAUACUUCGGAGUGGACUGAGCCCCGAAGACCAGGAGGAGUGUGAACGCCUGGUUACCCCUGAGCUACAGUACAAGGACAAGCUGGAUGCCAAACAGUUCCCCCCACCAGUCUCGCUGCCCCUCAAGCCUUCCAGGCUACUCUCCCCAUAGGCAUCAGACUGCAGAGGCAGGCUAAAGAG